AUGAGCAUGAGGUGCCCCCCUCAGUGCAAGGUUGGCAAGUGCGACAAAGGUUGCCCCGCCGACAUGUGCACGGUGGUCUGCCCCAGCUGCAAGACAGUGUGCUUGUGUGACUUUUACCCUGGCAUGGUGUGCGGUGAUCCACGUUUCACCGGGGGUGACGGCAACAACUUCUACUUCCACGGAAAGAAAGACCAGAACUUCUGCACCAUAUCUGACAGUAACCUGCACAUCAAUGCUCAUUUCAUUGGCAAGCGCAACCCGACUAUGAGCCGUGACUUCACCUGGAUCCAAGCUCUCGGCAUCAGCUUCAGCAACCACCGCCUCUAUAUAGGUGCCUGGAAGACUGUUAAAUGGGACAGCGAGGUUGAUCGCCUUGAGCUCGCCUUCGACAACAUGCCCAUUGACAUCCCCGCAGAGAUCGGCAGGCAAUGGCAGUCUGAUGUUGUCUCAGAUCUAACCGUCAUGAGGUCUGCCAUGACCAAUGGCGUGAGAGUGCAGCUCAAGGGUGUAUUUAACAUCAUGGCCAACGUGGUGCCUAUCACAAAGGAAGACUCCCGCAUCCACAACUAUGGAGUGACUGACGAUGACAGCCUUGUACAUCUUGACAUCAGUUUCAAGUUUCAUGACCUCACGGACGACGUCCAUGGCGUGCUUGGCCAGACCUAUCGCACCGACUAUGUCAACAGGUUCAAUGUAAGCGCCAGCAUGCCUGUCAUGGGUCGCACCGCCAACUACUUAUCCUCUGACAUCUUCUCCGCAGACUGCAAAGUUGCUCGUUUCGGCCACCACGCAGGAAUCUCCAUGGUUAGUGCCAGGGUCAAUUAA